AUGUCCGGACCAUCGCAAUUGCACCAGGGUGGUUCGGAAUUUCUGAGCACAGUCACCGGGCAUAAUGUCGACUUGGGGAAUAAGUCAUUGACCCGCAGAGACACGGCUCAAACAAUAAAUAACCACAAUUACUAUGGAUAUUCCACAGACCCGCUGCGAGACCAAGCGCAUGAGAAUCGUGGAGAGAAGCGAAAGUGCACCGACGACCAAGGUUUGUUUUCAUUACUUCCACUGGGGAGCCUUCGGCACCAUGAGUCUAGACUAAACUAUUGUCGACAAUCAGAACAAGGUAGCCACAGUCAUCCACCACUUGAAACUCUACUUCAAUCGUUAAGUUUCAAGCAAAUCGAUGCUCGACAUGAAAAUAUCAAGAAAGCUCAUAGAAAAACAUGCAAAUGGAUCAUCAAGAGAGCGGAGUAUCUCGACUGGCUGAAUCCCAAUAAGGUCGACGAACAUCAUGGCUUCUUGUGGAUCAAAGGAAAGCCCGGGGCAGGAAAGUCCACUUUGAUGAAAUUCCUUCUGAGUAAUUCCCGCAGAACAAUGAAGAACAAAAUCAUCAUCUCUUUCUUCUUCAAUGCACGAGGAGAACAAUUGGAGAAGUCCACUGCUGGCAUGUACAGGUCACUGUUACUGCAGAUGUUGCAACAACUUCCCAGGCUUCACAAUGUGCUCGAACCUGGGCUGGUCCUAGGGAUCAGCGAGAAUCACGACUGGGGUGUUGAGCCACUAAGAACACUUUUUGAGCAAACUGUGGAAGGCCUUGGGGAUUCUUCUGUUGUUGCCUUCAUUGAUGCCUUGGACGAAUGUGACGAGUCCGAAAUUCGCUCCAUGGUGUCAUCAUUCAAGAGUCUGGGCAAGAUGAGCGCUGAGGAAGGAGUCAGUUUCCAGGUUUGCUUGGCGAGCAGACACUAUCCUCACAUCACGAUGCCAAAAAAGAUUGAGCUGAUUCUGGAAGGACAAGAGGGACAUGAACAAGACAUCAUUUCUUAUCUUGACAGCGAGUUGGAGAUUGGAGAAAGCAAACUCGCAUACGAGAUUCGUACUCAAAUCCAAGAAAAGGCAUCAGGUGUCUUUAUGUGGGUUGUCCUUGUGUCUGGUAUUCUGCAACAAAAGUUUGAUGAAGGGCGCAUACAUGACUUAAAGCAGACCCUUGGAGAGAUCCCAGGAGACCUGCACGAGCUUUUCCGAAAUAUUCUUACUCGAGAUGAUGCAAAUAAGGAUGAAAUGCUUUUAUGCAUCCAAUGGGUUCUCUUUGCACGAAACCCGCUAAAGCCAGAGCAGCUUUAUUUUGCGAUCCGCUCACACAUAGAGUGCACCACAUGCAAGUGGGACCGAGACGACAUUACUGAAGCUACCAUUCGUAACUUUAUUCUAAGUUCCUCGAAAGGCCUCGCUGAAGUUAUUCGGACAAAGAAGGAUCCAACAGUCCAGUUCAUUCACGAGUCAGUCAGAGACUUCCUCCUCAAAGACGGAGGCCUCAGAGUCAUUCUGGAUAUGAGCGGAGAUAUUGGUGCAGAGAGCCAUGAUCAGUUAAAGAGUUGCUGCUAUAAGUAUGUGCAAUCAUAUACGGAAGAGAAUGGCUCACCAGAAGGCGACUCUAAGCAGCACCUCUCCGAAGCUUGUGUUGCGGCAGACUUUGAGUUUCCUUUUCUGAGGUAUGCCGUGCAGAAUGUUCUUUAUCACGCGAAUGCAGCAGAAGAGGGAGACAUCAGUCAGACUGAAUUUUUGAAAACCUUCCAACUUGCAGAAUGGAUUCAACACAAUAACGUCUUCCAGGACAAAGAUGUACGUCGACAUACAGCUGGUGCUAGUCUUUUGUACCUCCUCGCUGAGCAUGGCUUUGGGAAGCUUAUCGAGAGCCACCGAGCAAGCCAGUCCUGCUUUGAUAUUGAAGGCGAGCGCUAUGGCGCCCCUGUCCUUGCAGCAAUGGCUACGGGUAGCCGACCAACAGUCUGGAGGCUACUCAAAAGGGAGACACGCGACGAACCUACGACAUCAAAUUUACACACCUUAUUCCAUGAGUACAACGUGACAAGAAUAGGAAAGCACAGCAUUGGGCGCAAUUUCACAUUUAACCCGAAACGGGGUCUUAUUUACUAUAUUUUGCAGAAUGACGACCUCAUUGUGGCCUCGUUUGUUAUCGCUUCCCGCAAUGCCUACACAUGGCCAGAGCUGCAGGCCCCUCGUAGCGAGACACUAUUUUCAGUGGCAAUUCAGCACUGCCAUGAUGUCUUAGCUACUUUUCGAUUUCUGCUUGAGAACGGGGCCGAUAUUGAAGCUAGAGAUAAGCGCAAAGGGACGCCGCUUGCUCUUGCCGCUGCAAACGGAAAUGCGGCUGUUGUAGCUUUUCUAAUGGGAAAAGGCGCUAAUGUCGAUCAUACUUGCAACCAUGAUAUGACAGCACUUAUGUAUGCUGCAGCUGGGGGUAGUGAAGAAUGCAUGCGGUUGCUCAUCUCCGGGGGAGCCAGUGUAGCUGCGACAGACAACCAGGGACAGACAGCGCUUUUCGGGGCCGUGUGUAGCGAAAACGAGUCUGAAGCCAAGGUGCAUUUAUUGAUUGGCCAUGGGGUCGAUGUUGCCGCAACUGACAACAAUGGUUGCACAGCACUGGCGUGGUCAUUGAAGGCAGGUAAGGCUAAGGAAUCAACUGUACAGAUGCUGCUUGGUCAUAGCGACAUAGUCGACAAACCUGAUCACGUUGGAAGAACACCAUUGAUGUUUGCGCUGAAUAGCAACCUUUCGAUCAUGAAGCAGCUCAUAGAAUGGGGUGCUCACGUCAACUCGAUCGAUAAUCAAGGACAGAGCGCCCUGUUGCUGGCCGUCAAGUUGAAGGCAGAGAGUCACGCACGCCUUUUAAUAGAUAGCGGCGCCUGUACUGAUGUCUAUGACACGCAAAGUCACCGCACAGCUCUGUCAUACGCUGUUACCUGGAAGUAUUCUGAUAUAGCCGUUGCCCCACGAGGCCAUUCACCUAUGGAGUUAUUUUAUCAUGGUGACAAAUUGCCUCCAAGCAUAGCAGAAGCUCUUCUGAUCCGGGGUGCGGCGGUUGGUAUACCUGAUCUGAGCGGCAGGACGCCAUUAUCAUAUACAGCAAGUACCAGAGACGGUGCCGACUUGACCGCGCUAUUGCUUUCCUAUGGGGCAGAUGUUGAUAGGGCAGACAACAAUGGUAGGACGCCACUCUCAUACGCGGCGAAACAUAAUUCUCAAGUUUGUGAGCUACUGCUUUCCUAUGGGGCAGAUGUUGAUAGGGCAGACAACAAUGGUAGGACGCCACUAUCAUAUGCUGCUCAAUUUCAUAAUAAUUUCUCUAGUUGGUAUUGUGUCCAACUACUUCUGGAUCGAGGAGCAAGUCCUGAUAAAGUCGAUGAGGCUGGGAAGACCGCUCUUUCAUAUAUCAGAGAUCAACAGAUUGAGGACCUACUAUCGAAUUAA